AUGAGCAAUUGCUUCGAAUUACAAAAGAACAAACUCAUCUGGAAUGGCGACUUAAGCGAAUUAAAGUCCUACGUCGCAGAAAAGUUAAACAUAAAUGGUAAAUGGAAAUCACCGUCAGGUGGACGCUGGUUAUUUACUAGCGAUGCUUUGUCUAUAACCUGGUAUUGUAAAAGCAAAACUGUCUUAUUUCAAGGUCCUCGUGGCAGCGAAGUGGCUGACUCUUUGAAGAAAAAUAUCGAUGCAUCGCGAAUUGCAAUAGUGAAAGAUGCCGAGCUAGUCAUUGCUACCCCUGCUGUUUCCGAAAGACGGAAUGAAUCUAUCGAUAAUCAGUGUAGUCUCAGUAUUAACAAUUCUAACUCGAACAUGUUUGACAGAUCUAGUAAUACAACAACAACUAUCAACCGAAGCGACUCGGAUGCUAGCGAAGGAAAAGCAAAUGAGCAAGAAAUGUGUUCACACAAGCAGAACGAAGGCGAUUAUAUAAUGAAUUGCAAAGACUGUAGUAAAUUAUCUGUAGAAGUAGCAGAAAUUAAAUUGGACUUGGCAUUAUUAUUCCUAAAAGUUAUUAUUCCUUGGAAGAAAACAAAGAAGUGA